UUUCAAUCGAAGAACAGACAACACUUAAUAGUCAAAUUUAUAUUUUCAAUUGUUUCAACAAUAAGCAACUAUAAUAAUAUUAAUAAAAUCGAUACAAACGACCAACGAGAUGGAGCCAGUAAACGAAUCAAAUAUUGAAAAUAUAAAUUCUGUCAGCCAUGCACAACAACAGACACCAAUUCCAGUGAAAAUAUGUACUAUCAAUGAAAACAAUGAUGUACAGGAAUUCAAAUUGAAAAUACAAAGUCAAUCCGAACUCAGUUCUUUGAUUAAAAGCACAUUUGGAUAUCUUUUAUGGCGAGCCACAAUGGAUGACAAAACGCAGAAACCCAGCACGCAUUACGACAUAAUUAGUAUGAUCUUAAAUACAAAAAACCACAAAUUUUAUCUGGCAAAAAUUUUUGAGUUGACGUUAAAAUCGUUCGUUGAGUCGUUGAAAAAUAAUACAGCGUGUGAAAAAGAAACCAACCAAUACAAAUUUGUCUUGUACAUUUUGGGAAUCGUUAGUAAUUUAACGGCGUUUAAAAUCGGCAGCGUGUUUUUCUCAGAAACCGAAGAAGGUCGAAAGGUUGUUAAAGAAAUUUGUCGUCUUGUAUCGGCCGUCGAUCCUUCGAGAUAUCAUAUAAAAAGAAUGGCCUACGUGUCAUUGUACAAUUUGGCGCUCGAGGUGGAAAGUAGAAAUAUUUUCCGUGAUGAUCAACUGCUGUCGAUGAUGCGAAACGACAUUGUAUGCAACCCGUGCAAAGCCUUCUAUAACAACGAGAUACAAAUAUUGGCUAUGAAACUGUUAUGGAUACUAAGCGAUCCGAAAAAAAUCGAUACAACCAUGUACGACAUCAUAGUAAAAAGUAUAGAAAAAAAAGAUUUAGAACAGCUAACGGGCACACCUGAAAUCAAACUGUGGGCCAGGAAUAUAUGUAUAAAUUUAUUUUGUCGGCCACUGACAAAUAAAGAAGAUACCAAUGAUCAAAUGUAACUAUUAUUAGGUAGUAUCAUCAUCAUAG